CCCAGUGACCACUCAAACGGGGAAAAUAUGGAAAAUAUGGUGGAAUAAAAGCCGCGACGAGUUUGCGAAACGAUCGGAGAAGGAAGAGGAGGAUGUUACAUUGGUGAAUAGCGAGCAGUUGUGGAUGGUGACCGAGGAUGAAAGGGGAGUGCAAUCUGGCCUCGUAUGUAGUUGCGCUCGUUGGAAGGCAGGUUGGCAGGCGAUCGUUUUCGUACCAAAAGAAUAAGAAAGAGGAUAAAACGGAGAAAGAGAGGAUGAGAGAAAUAAAACGUGUUUCUCAGACAGGUUCUAUGGCAAUUGGCAGGAGUGGAAGGGAGAUGAAAUGACUCGACAGGUGCCUCUGAGUCGCCCACGUGGGGGCACCUUGGGAUGAGGCAGGAUGGGGGAUGAAAAAAAAAAUAUAUAUGUAUAAAACUCGGGAAAAACGGCUUCCUUGUGCCUUCAUGGAUUAUGGGACUUGGUGGGGAGAAUAUGUGUGGGUUUUCGUUCGAGAGGUGGAGCUUCUUUGGCUGAACAGGAGGGGCAGCUUUGAGCUACCCAUUCGGUAGCAAAUGCUUGCUUGCUAUAAAACCGUCGCAAGGUCAAGAUCAGUCGGUUAAUCCCAUACCCAGUCAGCCAAGGGCCUUGCACCUUGCACCAUCGGCUCCGCAGCGCCGAGAUUACGAGCGAUUUUCAACCCCUCUUGUGACUCGAUACUCGGAAUCCUCUGGGUCUCGUGUUGCCGAUUGUCUUGGUAAAAAUUAUUCAGUAUAACGUUAACACCCUUCAAUCGAAAAUCUGAAGAACUCGAUGGUGAUUGAGACGUGCGGACCAUUCGGAGGAUGGAGACCUGUGUGCUGAUACCAAAAGAAUUCUCACUGGCCCUCGCCAGCGACUGCAAGAGGGACUUGGGAAUUUUCAAAAAUGAUAACAACAUCGCGGAUGUCAGAAUAUCCGUGUGGUCCAACGUCUUCAUACCCAGUGGCACGCUUAUCUAUCCAUUCCAGGGGUCUAUCAGGUUCGAUAAGAUCGAUCUGUACUCCCUUCUCGAUGAUAACGAUAUAAGACGGGAGUACGGCUGUUACGAUGAAGUCUCAUUUUCAAAUUACAAUCUCAAUCAUCGCAAGUGUAAUUGGAUAAGAUUUCUCAGGAUUGUACAGGGGUACAGUGAUCACGUGAAUCUCAUUGGUACCAAAGUCAAAGGUGAGCCGAUAUUCGAAGUAAUCAAGGAUGUCCAGCCAGACUCUGAGCUCGUCGCCUGGUUUCUUCCAGCAUCCCACGAGGAUCUUGUCUUCAUAUCGCGUGACGUCUGUUCACGUUCAGCAAUCUACAGGUGCACCAUCGACUCAAUUCUCGCUGAGUCCCCCCUUGAUCUCUCAAAGACCCUGUUAUCACACCAAUCGUCAUCGCUAUCGUCAACUUACUACGAAGUCGAUGAGUACGAGUCAACAUCCGAGGAAUCGUCAUCCUCAACCCUGUCCCUAGUCAGCGAUCACUUAGACUGCAGUAUCUUAACGACAAUUAAACGAGGUGAACGUGUGCUCCUUCCCUGCGAAGUCUGUGGCAAGUCAUUCGAUAGGCCGUCGUUACUCAAGCGUCAUAUGAGAACUCACACAGGUGAAAAACCACACGUUUGUAUGGUCUGCAACAAGGGCUUCUCUACGUCGAGCUCACUCAACACACACAAACGCAUACACAGCGGUGAAAAGCCACAUCAGUGUCUCGUGUGUGGCAAAAAAUUUACAGCAUCCUCCAAUCUUUACUAUCAUCGGAUGACUCACAUAAAGGAAAAACCGCACAAGUGUUCCCAAUGUUCGAAAUCAUUUCCAACACCGGGCGAUCUCAAGAGCCACAUGUACGUGCACAACGGACUGUGGCCAUUCAGGUGUCAUAUCUGCAGCCGCGGCUUCAGUAAGCCGACUAAUCUCAAAAAUCAUAUGCUGCUGCACCUCGGUAGAUGCUCAAAUAAAAAAUUCAUCAAGUCUGACAUGUAACCUGGAUUGAUAAAACAAAUUAUAAACCUAGGCUUACUUACAUUUAUUACGAAUUCAUGUGCCAGAUAAACACGGUUGUUGUAGAUUUAAUUACUUUUUAAUGACUCAUUAUUCCCUUAGAAUAUUUAAAAGACGUGAAUUAUAAUGAAUUAAUAGUUAUCAACAUUUUUUUUUUCACCUUUUGAUUACUCCAAUUAUUACAAUUAUUGAGUGUUUUCAGUUCUCACGAUAUUUUAUGUUGUCCGUUGCAGGUUUUAGAAGACUUUGUGUUAUCAUAAAUCGAGUCCCGAAAGUCUCACUAAUUAAUAUUGAAAAAAUAAAUCACCAGCAUUUUAUCAACGCAAUUAAUUGCCGUAUAUACACGAUAAAUAUACAUGAAACUUGUUUCUCUUUCAUCGACAUUAGUGAGACUCCCAGGGCUGUGCAGAUCAUUACAAUAAUCAAUAAAAUGUAAAACAUAUUUGAAAUACAAUAUAAUAAUAUUACUGAAUCAUCUGUCAUUCAUUUU